AGACAUACGUCAGCUGCAUCGGCUGCUGGCUCUGCGCUGCCAGCAAUGGAGUUCCGGACAGGUUGUGCAAAGAGGUAGGUAGGUAAUACGUACGGGACCGGGGGGGGUACCUUCGGGUAUGCACGCACCGCGCUAAUUUGCCUGAAUUGAACAUUGUGCUCCGUACCCUUCGUCGUUUCCUUGGAUGAAUGAAUGGAUGCGGUGUGUGGCCCGGCCGACCCUGCCUUGCGCAAAAGCACAACCCCAAAGCGGGGCAGUCCUUCCUUUUUCCAUUGGCAACUGCGUCCGGGUCUGGCCUUCCUUUCCCCCUUUCCCAUCCCUGACCCUCUCUUUGUUCUCCAUUCGCCAUUUGACAGAGAUGGAGAAGAAGAAGAAGAAGAAGGAGAAGAAGAAGAUAGAGAAUGGUCCCUGCGCAACGGGGGAAGUAAAAGCCAAUAUAUGGUUAAAACUUGAUAUCCGUAAAGUCAAUACAAAUCCCAUCACGGAUACGUAUAAAGUGUACGCUCAAGAGACGUUGAAGAUGGUCGUUGGAUUUUCCACCCGUCGUCAGCAAAUCCCGGUGACGUGCCAAGCCGACGCCACAUGCAACAAUUCUACGCAGCUGCGUGUGCACCAAACCGCCCAAAAGUCCAGCAGAACAAGCUUCUGCCAAGGCGGUAAAGGUCCCUGGUUCCUUGGCCUUGCUUGGCUUUUUUGCUUGUCUGCUGCUUCUUUCUCGAGGAUGCCCAACGUUUGGCGGCGGCGGCAGCAGGGACAAGAUUAGAUGCAGCAUGAAAAAAAGAAAGAAAAAAAGAGAAACAGUGUGACGCUAAAAUCGUCACGCAUCUGCUCAGAUUGCCAUCCGCACCCACGCCUUGACGCUCAGUCCUGUUACCGUGCAUCAACCCCGAUGCGGCAGUAGUCAUAUCCGUAGUUAGUCGAGACCACCAAGCUAGCCCAAACUAUGUACGAUGACAUCAGCACCACCACCACCACCACCACCAUCACCACCGCCACUGUCGACCUCACCUUCCCUCGCCAGCAACAACGCUUCGAAUCAGGUUAUCGCCAUAGUCUCACGCAU